CUUCGUUGAUCCCUGCCAUAAGUAACGACUAUAUAAGCAUCCAAAACAGAACGUAGAUAUAUAGCUACCUCCAGUGCAGUCAUUGCGUCAACGUAUUGGUUAAGAAUUUAGUAUUAUACGCUACGAACUGAUACAGUGCUGCAGAAUGAAGAAAUUUCUUGUUUUUCUGAUCAUCGGCCUAAUUUUGGUGGAAACCUUUGCCAGUCGAAGUGGUGGCAAUGGAGAUGAUGACGACAAGAGUAACAAAAAUGGCGAUGAUGACAAAGAUAAUGGAGGUGGCAGUAAUAAGGGAGGUGGCAGUAAUAAGAGAGGUGGCAGUAAUAAGGGAGAUCGUCGAAGGAGAAGCGCAGAUGAUGACUCUAGCAGUAAGGAGAACGGAUAUGGUGGAGGAGGACGAUAGAGGAAUUGGAUUCACUAUAGAGAAGAAUGCUGGAAAUGAAAAGAAAAUCACUCAUGCGUUAACCUUAAGAUAAACCCUUUUCCUUAAAUUCACAAAGCUUAUUACUGAUGUACAUCACUGCACGGUAUUGCUAUAAUAAGUUCAUUGUAAUUAAUAGAGUUUUAUGUAAAUGCGGUUUCCUUUUUAAAAACCUUGUUGUGAAUCGGUUUACAACUCUAGCUUAUCUAUGUAGUAUCUCUUUGUAGUUCAUAAUGUACGUAUGGAUAGAAUGUGAAUUACUGUUAUGCUAACGGAACCCACGUGGCUCUUACAGUUGUCAAUUUCGCUUUACCACUGACGUACUAGCUUUUUAAAAUGUAAAAUUGUCUGUAUGUUUUAGACUGUGCAUAUUUCUUGUAGAACAGAUAUUUAUUGAUUUAGUUGUUUUACAACAUCAACAUUAGACAAAAUACAGCAAAUCAUAAAUUCCA